AUGAGCGUACAUGAUUAUAUUGAAGAGCGAGACAAAAUUAUAGAAGACGAAAUCCAACUGCAGCUUGGCGGGAAACUUAAAUUGUAUGGUGACGAAAUAUUAGCAAACCAAAUACUAAUGAGAUACAAACGGCAAGAAGUUGAUGAUUCUUUUCAUAAUCCAGAGUACUUUAAUUUUUCGCGGCACUACUUCGCUUAUCAUAAUGACAUACCGAGAUCUAAAGUGUAUCAAAUAAUAAGGAUGAUGCCGAAAGGAGCGGCGCUACAUGUCCACAGCUCUCUAAUGCUAAGUGCCGAUCGCCUACUAGAACUCACUUACGAAGAACAUUUAUACGCCUGUUUUGCAAAGGACGGAUUGAAACUACGCUUCUCUGAGACAGUUCCCCCUCGACCUUGUCCAUCAAAAUGGAAAUUACUCAGCAAAUUGAGAAAACACACAAAGAAUGUACAUGCUUUCGAUGAGAAACUUAAAAGACAUUUUACAUUAUUUUCUAAAAGUAAGAAGUAUCUAAAAAAGGACAUAAAUUAUACUUGGGAGAGAUUUAAUAAAAUUUGCCGAACGAUAUCUGAUCUAAUAACAUACAGGCCUGUCAGGGAGAAGGUCUUUUAUGAGGGUCUCAAAGAGUUUUACAAAGACAACAUCAUGUACAUUGAAAUUAGAAGUGGGUUACCUCAUUUGUACGAACUCAAUGGUACAAUUCACGACCUGACGUUUAUGCCACGUUUGUACGACACAGUGACUAAGAAAUUCAAGCAGGAGCACCCAGACUUCGUAGGAGUGAAGUUGAUUGUCACGAAACGCCGUUAUAAUGAUAUAACAGAAAUUCAGAAAGUCUUGGAUGUGGCUCAAGCAAUUAAGACAGAGCUUCCUGACUUUUUUGCUGGCUUCGAUUUGGUCGGUCAAGAAGAUUUGGGAAAAACACUACUCGAUUUUCUUCCUGCUUUGAAGAGCGCUGGUGGAGAUCUCAAUUUUUAUUUUCAUGGUGGCGAAACUAAUUGGUUCGGAACAAGUACGGAUGAGAACUUAUUCGAUGCUAUUCUGUUAGGAACUAAAAGGAUAGGUCAUGGUUACGCUCUGCUGAAGCAUCCGAAACUGAUGGCCAUAGUGAGAGCAAAAAAUAUAGCGAUCGAAGUGAACGUUAUAUCAAACAAUGUGCUUUCUUUGAUAAGCGAUGUAAGGAACCAUCCUUUGGCAGCGUAUUUGGCGUACGGCAUGCCAGUGGUGUUAUCCAGCGAUGAUCCCGGCGCGUGGGGAGCCGAUCCCUUAUCUCACGACUUCUACAUAGCGUUCGUUGGUAUUGCGAGUAAAAGAGCCGACUUACGUCUUUUGAAACAACUGAUUAUAAACUCUAUCAACUUCAGUGCUUUAGAUUAUGACAGCAAAAUGAGAAUGUAUAGAAUCUGGAUAGAAAAGUGGAAUUUAUUUAUACAGAAAGUCAUACAGGAUUUUAGAUAA